GGGUCCUCGGAGCGGGAGGGCACAGUGAGAGAGGUUUGGUUAGGUGGCGUCUUGUACGUGGAGUGGAUUAUAGCAGCAGCCGGUGGCUCCUCGGACAGGCGGUAAGUGAGGGAAAAUGGCCCGUACAAAGCAGACCGCCCGUAAAUCCACUGGUGGCAAAGCUCCACGUAAACAGCUGGCCACUAAGGCGGCUAGGAAAAGCGCUCCCUCUACUGGUGGAGUCAAGAAGCCUCAUCGCUACAGGCCUGGUACUGUGGCCCUUCGUGAGAUUCGUCGUUAUCAGAAGUCUACAGAGCUGUUGAUCCGUAAGCUUCCCUUCCAGAGGUUGGUAAGGGAAAUUGCCCAAGACUUCAAAACAGACUUGAGGUUCCAGAGUGCAGCCAUUGGUGCACUGCAGGAGGCUAGUGAAGCAUAUCUGGUGGGUUUGUUUGAAGACACAAACCUGUGUGCCAUCCAUGCCAAGAGAGUCACUAUCAUGCCCAAAGACAUCCAGCUGGCUCGCAGGAUACGGGGGGAGAGAGCUUAAGUGGAAGCAGUUUUUAUGGUGUUUUGUAGUAAAUUCUGUAAAAUACUUUGGUUUUAAUUUGUGACUUUUUUUGUAAGAAAUUGUUUAUAAUAUGUUGCAUUUGUACUUAAGUCAUUCCAUCUUUCACUCAGGAUGAAUGCUAAAAGUGACUGUUCACAUAAACCUCAGUGAUGUGAGCCUUGUUGCUCAAGAGUGGCAAGUUGCUAAUAUGCAGAAGGGAUGGGUGAUCUUUCUUGCUUCUCAUGCAUGUUUCUGUAUGUUAAUGACUUGUUGGGUAGCUAAAAUUGUAAGGUACUAGAAUUGAUAUAAAUGUGUACAGGGUCCUUUUGCAAUAAAACUGGUUAUGACUUGA